AUGAGCGAGGGAUGCAAGGAAAGCGCGGAAUCACCUCCCGCGCAACCCGGUGUACUAUCUGCAAUGGCCACCGUAACAACGACCGCCGAUCCUACUACGUCUGAAUCUUCCACUGCUGCUCCAACAUUGCCUCCGCGGGAACAUUUGAUCGUUACCGCUAUUAAGUUCCUGAACAACCCGAAUGUAAUUCGUAGUGCCAUUAACAAGAAACAAGCCUUCCUUCGGUCUAAGGGCCUUUCGGAGGAUGAAAUACAGAUUGCAUGCGAGCGAGCCGGUGUAUUUACCGGUGAACCUAGCUCCAUGCCGACGCAGACUGUCAUCAGUAUGGGGGUGGAAUCGAGUGCAGCAAAUUACGCCAAGUCCGGGUAUCAAAUGCAACCUCGACAAAACUUCCUCACCCGCAUAAAGGACAUGCUUAGUUCGGCAGCUCUGCUGAGUGGACUAAUGUACGGAGUAUACAUGUUUUAUAAGAAAUUCAUAGAGCCUCUGGUAUUCCGCAGUAAGAAAAAGAAAAGCAUCACUGAACAGCUAACCGACCUUAAUCAAACGAUGACGGCAAAGAUUGAUACGUUGAGUGCGGAGUUAGGCAAGAUCAAGGAAGAACUGAACCAGGUAAAUCAAUCCAACACGACCGUCAAAGAAUUGACCAAUUUUAAGGGUGAUCUCGAUUCAAUCAAAGGACUACUGUUGAACAGGAAACAAUUUGCCGCGCCAAACCUUCCCGUCGUUCCACCGUCGAUUCCAGCGUGGCAAUUACGUUCCCAGCAGCACCAGCCGACUAGCAGCGAAGGCGAGCACGAUAAACACGAUGACAACGAUACCGGAUCCGGAUCGGGCUCGAGCGAAAAUGAUGUCGUACUGAAGAACAGUGACAGCAGUCUGGAAAUUAUGUAAUGCACGGAGUAUAUUGUGAAAUUAUUAUGCUUAAAUUCAGAAUAUAUCGGCCAUGCAACGCGAGCAUUGCCACAC